UCUUGAAACCAAAUAAAAGCAAAGCACCUGAGAGCUCAGUCAAGCGAAGAUCCUGUUCCCCAGUCAGUCAGUUAGUUAGUUAGUUAGGUGUGAAAAUCUACUCACAAGGAAAGAAAGAAAGAAAGAAAGAGAAUAAAGAAAGGAUGAACAGGAGGCAGCGGAGAGCGUUCAUGGUGUUGAUGUGGACAGUUGGAUUCUGUCUCAUCGGUUACAUCGGCGGCAGACCUCUCUAUUGGCAUCUCAACGAGUCCCUCUCCACCGUCUCUUCUUGCGCUCCUUGCCACUGCGAUUGCUCUCUUGAACCUCUUCUCUCUCUCCCUGACGGAUUGAAUAACUCCAUUUUAGAUUGUAUGAAGCAAGAGCCAGAGGAGGGUGAAGGGUCUGAGAGGAGAUUCACUGAGCUUUUGUCACAGGAAGUAAGGCAGAAGGAAGCCAUAGCUGAAGAGAAACAAAGGAUAGCCGACACGACACUCUUGGAGGCAAAGAAACUAGCAUCACAGUAUCAGAAGGAGGCUGAUAAGUGCAACUCAGGGAUGGAGACAUGUGAGGAGGCUAGGGAGAGAGCUGAGGCAGCUCUUGUGAAUCAGAUGAAGGAGACUGCAUUGUGGGAACUCAGGGCUCGGCAAAGAGGAUGGAAAGAGAGCGCUUUUAAGAUAUCAAGGGCUCACUUUUGAAUACAGAUAUCAUCUUCUGC